UUUAAGAAAUAGAAAGAAGUCGCUAAUUUAUGCGAUACGGCGUCUUCAUUUUGAGUUUCAAUUGCUUAACUUUUUAAAGACAGUUGCGAAACAUUACACUGUGUCCUUGUAGAACGGAUAGAGAUAGUUCGUUUGAGGGCUAUAGUUCUAAUAAAUAAUAGGUAUUUAGAAUAUAAUAUCCAAAAUGGGCGAUCAACAGUUUUUCCUGAAAUGGAAUGAUUUUCAAACGAAUAUGGUGACUUCGUUCAGGCAUUUAAGGGACGAAAAAAGCUUUACCGACGUGACACUAGCCUGCGAAGGUCAGACAUGCAAAGCGCACAAAAUGGUGCUCUCAGCUUGUAGUCCAUACUUUAAAAGCUUAUUAGAGGAGAACCCCUCAAAACACCCCAUAAUAAUCCUGAAGGAUGUCUCGUACCUGCAUCUGCAAGCUAUUUUGGAGUUUAUGUAUGCGGGAGAAGUAAAUGUGUCCCAAGAGCAACUCCCGGCCUUUUUGAAGACUGCAGCUCGCCUCAAGGUGAAAGGCCUAGCCGAGCCGCCCCCACAGAUGCCCAGCAUCAAGCGGGAAGGCUAACGUCCGCCUCCGCACCCCCCACCACCUGGGACCCGACCAGUUUUGUAUCCCUGACGUUUACCGCUACACAUUAACCCUUUAACCGCCGUAGUCCGAUAUAUAAGACAAUAUCCAGCUUCUGAGGUAUGAUAAAUAAGGCAAAUCUUCGUGGAACUUCGUACUACUGCAGACACGAGCACGGCUCGGUGAAAAAGCGUUUAAAAGGUUAAACUAUAGUAAUCUAUCAGAAUUCUUACGAUGUAUUUGUUAAAAAAACAAGAAACAUACAUAAAAAAAAAACCUCGGUUUUGAUAUUGUCUUCGGUUACCCGAUAGUUACUCAUGAAAUAAAACUAUAGAAACGGAUUAAAUCGUGUAUAA